AUGAGUGGUGAUCGUAACUAUGGUGAUAGUAAGAUUAUUCAAAAUCUCAUUGAACGAAGACCAAAAGGUCAUUCUAAAAAAUUAGGUUCAAAAAGAAUUAAGAGCAUUAUAGAAGAUUUUAAUACUAAAACUCAAUAUAAGUAUAAGGUAUGCAAACAAAAAGGUCAUAAUAGUAAAACCUGUAAAGGUAAAAAGCUAUUGGAUAUUGAUAAAAGUGAUGAAACCGAAGGCGAUGGUGAAGAAUUAUCAACUACAGUUACAAGUUACGAACAUGUUCGAGAAGAAUCAGACACAGUAAAACCAG